AAAGAAAAAGGGUACGAGAAACGUGAGAGAGACACGACAACAAUGCAGGAUAGAAUGGUUGCCAUAAAUCACGUGUUGAGUUCCAAGUUUCCACCUUUUUUGUGGACCGUCAAUAGUAAACCCCAACACCCCAUCCCACUCCAUUGGCAUAUCUUCCACACUGUACAGUGGCUUUUAGUUCUUCUUCUGCUUAUUUAUGGGUCCCACCAUGCCAUCCCACCACGGGAUUGUUUUACUCUUCACAUUUCACUCACAAUCAUUCAUUCAUGAGCUUUACAAACAAAAAAAAAACUACGUACGUACUUAAAACGGCUACAAUUACCUAAACAAUUUCCGUGCCACAAUUUCCACAAAAUUGACUCUCGAGUUACCAAAAUUGCCCUCACCCCACUUGCGUUACGUUUUGAAAAGACAGUGGCAUUUCCGGUAAAUUUGACUCAUCCGAGUUGCAAUUACGUUGAUCAAAUCGAACAUGAUACUCUUCUCUCUGCUAGACUAGAGGACACUAGACCCGUGAAGAGUACAAAAAGGCAAUUCUUUUGGCCUUGAAUUCACUUUCUAUCUGAGCAUCAGAAGAAGAAGGACUCAAAAUCCAUGGCUUCUUCGUUUCUCUCUUUCAUCACUCUCUUCUCACUUUUCCUCUUACCAUUGCCAUCAUCAUCUUCUUCUUCAGGAAAUUCCAUAACCAUUCCUCUCUCCGUAUAUCCCCAAACACAUUCAGAUCCAUUUGAAACUCUCAAUUUCCUAGCUUCUGCAUCAAUCUCCAGAGCUCACCAUCUAAAAAAACCAAAAUCCAACUCCACCUUAGUCACAAAAACACCUCUCUUUCCACGGAGCUAUGGAGCUUACUCUAUAUCUCUCAAAUUCGGUUCACCCCCACAAACCACCUCCUUCGUCAUGGACACGGGUAGUAGUUUGGUCUGGCUCCCUUGUACCUCUCGGUAUCUCUGUUCCAGGUGUAACUUUCCAAACAUUGACCCGUCAAAGAUCCAAACUUUUAUGCCCAAGCUUUCUUCUUCCUCCAAACUCAUCGGCUGUCAAAAUCCCAAAUGCAAAUGGGUACUCGGCUCUAAUGUAAAAUGCAAUAAUUGCGACCAAAAAGGAAACUGCUCACAGACUUGCCCUGCUUAUAUAAUCCAGUACGGUUCCGGUUCAACAGCCGGGCUUUUACUUUCCGAGACACUUUCUUUCCCGGAAAAAGCUUUCACGAAUGUUCUUAUCGGUUGCUCCUUUCUCUCGAUUCGUCAGCCAUCUGGAAUCGCCGGGUUCGGCCGCGGAAUCGAAUCGCUUCCUUCCCAAUUGGGUCUCACCAAAUUCUCUCACUGCUUAGUUUCUCGCCAGUUCGAUGACACUUCAGUGAGCAGUGAUCUUGUUCUGUACCGUUCCGGCGAUCACAAAACAGAAGGUGGAAUCAGCUACAGCCCGUUUCAGAAGAACCCAUCAACCUCAAACCCCGCAUUUAAAGAGUACUACUACGUACUCAUAAGAAAAAUCGUCGUCGGCGGUAAGAGAGUUAAGAUUCCGUACAAGUACUUGGUCCCGGGAUCUGACGGUAACGGCGGUACUAUAGUUGAUUCAGGGUCAACGUUCACGUAUUUAGAGAAGCCUGUUUACGAAGCCGUAACGGCGGAAUUCGCUAAACAAAUGAGUCAUUACAAGAGAGAAUUCAAAGUAGAAAAUCAGACCGGUUUAAGCCCCUGUUUCGAUAUUUCUCGGGAAAAAUCGGUGAAUUUCCCGGAAUUGGUUUUCCAAUUCAAAGGCGGUGCGAAAAUGGCUUUGCCAGUAGAGAAUUACUUUGCCUUGGUGUCUAGCUCCGGCAUUGUAUGUUUAACGAUGGUGACUAACAAUGUGGCCGGCCCAGAAAUCAGCACCGGACCGGCCAUCAUCUUGGGUAGUUUUCAACAACAGAAUUAUUAUGUAGAAUAUGAUUUGAAGAACGACAGGUUUGGAUUCCGUCCUCAAUCUUGUAAACGAGGUUGAAACGACAAGUCGUUUUGUCAAAUGGGGAAAAAACAAUAAAACUGACUAGAAAUUUGUGGCACUCUCGGAAGUGCGAAUUCCGGCGGAAGACACGGGUGGCGCCGUCGUGAGGGUCCCGGCAAUGGCAAUUAGGAAAUUGUUUAAAUGUGUUUUCUUUUCUUUUUCACUUAUUAUUUAUUUUAUGGGUUAUAAAUUCAUGACUUGAAAAUUGACAAUGAAAGUGAGAAAUAAUGAUGGGGUUGAUCUUAA